CGGAUGUCAGGAUGCAUUCACCUCCGGCUCAAUCGCCCAUCCUGGAUGUCACCGAGACAUUAUCGCUGCACUCUGACCUGGAAGCGGACUUCGACUCCAAAAAGAAGCCGUCGUUCUCCUUUCCAGCUCCGCAGAAUCUCCGAUUGCCAGGAAUCGGGUUUCCUGGACUGGUCAACGGCAAGGGAUCCAUGGUGUCCUCUGCCUCCUCACUGCCUGCCUUCGAAUAUAUUGCACCACCUGGACAUGCCAUCCAGGCUCUGGAAUUUCCGCUCAUGGAGCUCAACCGGGUGGGCAUGAUUGGAGGCGGAAUGUUUCCGGGCUUCAUGCACCGCAGAGUACGUGGCGAGAAGCGCCCCAUUCCCGAUGCCCAAAAGGAUGCCAAGUACUAUGAGCGCCGCAAGAGGAACAAUGAGGCGGCGAAGAAGUCGCGGGAUGCCCGCAAGGUUCGUGAGGAUCGGAUUGCUUUCCGGGCGGCCAUACUCGAGCAGGAAAACUCAAUUCUGAGAGCUCAGGUCAUAGCCUUACGGGACGAACUGCAGACUGUCCGACAGCUCCUGGGAGCCACGACUGCCGGCGGAAUGUUGACAAUGGCCAGGCAAGUUUAG